CAUCAAUCAAACAAUGGGCAAAGGUUUCUUGGACGAAUACGUUUUAACUUUAAAAAUGACAUUUGAUUAAGAUUACAUGUACAAUACAGUAGACGUGUUGUUGUUGUUGUUGUAGCGGCAGAGUUCUGAUAGUAGACGUGUUUUUCAACAGCACCCUGUGUUAUCAGCUGAUACGCAGAUAUUAUAUAUUUAUUUAACACAACAGUGCGGUAUUAAAUUAAGUUUAUAUAAAUAUAAAUUUUUAGUUGAAUUAAUAAUAUGUCGCAACUACGACGAGAAGCUCUAAGAGCGUUUAAGAAAUUACAUCGCACAAGGCAAUUCGUGUUCCAAGGCGAUGAGCUUACAUUAAAAGCCGGGCGUAAAGAAAUAAAUGAGCAGUUUCGGAAAAAUCGAAGUGAAAAAAAUGAGGACGAAAUAAAAAAGAUGAUACAACUGGCCCAUGACGUUGACAACGAACUGCGCACAAGUGUUAUACAAGCCAUUCAGGAGAAAGAAGGAGUAUAUAAAUUACGUAUUACGGAAGAAACGACACGAUUGGACAACGUUGUUUUCAAUCCAGAUGCUGUAAUUGAAAAGCCAGCAUCUCGAAAUCUUAAAGGAAAUUCUAUGGGAGACUGUUGUGGAGGACAAAGCACUGCAAAGAACUAAAUCAAUAAAUCUCAAUUACUAAAACUUUGUUAUUUUUAAAAUCGUUGUGAAAACAAUAACACAAAAUAUAAUAGUAAUUAAUAGCUUUAUUAUUU